AUUUUAGAAGUCAAAUGGACUAGUGUUACUGCAAAAUGAACUGUAAGUGUUACUUGUAGUCGGUUCGUUUCACACUCGGCCAAAUUGGCCAUGGUAUUAACAUCUGGCAUAAAACACAGUCAACUUGUAAGUUUUGUGAUACUCACAGUUGUUCUGGUGUCCCAAAAUGGGGGGUUGGCUGCUCGGAAUGUUAAACGACAGAAAGGUUAUCUUUCCAAUGAUGAAAAAGGCAAGUCUACUGACGACAAGCAUCCUAUGCUAUAUUUCAAUGCAAUGGACAUUCCACGAAUGCGACACAAGGCUUUGAACUCUCACGCUAAAAUUGCGAAGAUUAUUCAGGAAGCUGGGAGAUCGUUGAAAGAGAAGCCAGAUUACUAUCUACCUCCAAAAUCAUUUGAAAGCUUUGGAAGUCGCUGGAAUGAGUUGUACGGAAACAAUCUGUGCGCAUUUGCGAUGUAUUGUGUCUUGCACCCCGAUGAUACGAAGGCUUUAUCACUGGUGAAACUUUACAUGGACCGUAUGACUUCAUAUCCUGAUUGGUACGUCACCGCGAGUCGCAAUAUCGACGAGGUUCCAAUCGGGCAUUCACUGACCGGUUACGUGACAGCCUACGACUUCCUAUAUCCAGUAUUAGAACCAAAAAGGAGAAGCAUCUAUUUGGAAAGAAUUGGCAAUGAGACUGCUUUGAUGUAUCGCGUUGUGCAGAAAGGAAGGGCUGGAUGGACUAAACAACGAAUACACAACCACGCACCGACCAAUGUAUUUGCUCUUCUGAUUGGUGCAAUGGUUUACGAAGACUUUGACCCAAGUUCAGCGAAGCAUUGGAAGGGAGUUGCAAUGUCCAUGUUCGAGAAAGCGCUUUCAAUAUUAGAGGUCGUUGUGGAUGGUACAAGCGAUGAGGGAGUAGCAUACGGCUCAUAUACAUCACGAGGUCUCACACAAUACAUAUUUAUGGCCCUGAGGCACUUCGAUACAGACCAUACGCAAAAUAGUUGGCUUCGACAACACUUUUGGUUUUUCUUUGCAACGACAAUGCCGGGAUUUCAACGUACCGUUGGCAUUGCUGAUUCAAACCAUAACUGGUUUUAUGGCCCAGAAAGUCAACUAGUUUUCCUGGACGCGUUUGUGUUGAGGAAUGGUAACGGUAAUUGGUUAGCUGACCGUAUUCGAUCAGCAAAACCGAAGAAUCCACCACUUGCAAGGUCGAUGUCACAGAAGUGGUCUACCGUCCACACCGAGUUUAUUUUCUAUGACGCAUCACUGAAGUCCAAUCGGCCAGUGUUGCCAAGCAACUCUUCUUAUCACAUUUUCAGCGAUUGGGGCGUCGUCACUUAUGGCGGGGGACAGUACAUGAAAAAGGGAAACACUUUUCUCUCAUUUAAAUCGGGACCGAUCCACGGAGAGGCUGUUUCCGAUAUCGUUGAAAAUAGUUGGUUUCCCGGACUUUCGCCCGGAUGGGCGAAUUUCAAUCCAGGACACGAACAUCCGGAUCAGAAUUCUUUCGUUUUUGCUCCGAAUGGGCGAUACUUCAUUACCGAGGCGUUGUACGCACCGAAAUAUUCAGACCUUAACAACAUCGUAACCUUCUCUCCUUCGCCGGACUCGAAGUGCAACAGUCCAUGGGAGGGGCAAGUUGGCGAAUGUGGUAAAUGGUUGGACUACAAGCACCAGAUACCUGCAUCGCGAGGAAAGAUUGCGACUGUUACAACAUCCGGAGACAUGAUCCACAUUGCUGGCGAAGCCGUGGAUGCUUACAGGCCAGAGCUUGGUCUUCGUAGUGUGCAACGAUCAUUGCUGUUAUUAACUUCGGAGGUGCUUCUAGUGUUGGACACAAUCGUAUUAUACAGUGAUAGCCAACUGAAAACGGCAAGUUCGUUAUUUCACAACAUACUUCAUACUUUUCACCCAUAUCAACACCUGGAUUUCAACGGUGCCCAAGUUGUGUAUCCAGAAGGAGCAUACGCUUUCUUCUGGCUUCAACAAGAUGGUAAUUCACCAACGGCGAAAUUCGUUGACCACCAUUACGCAGCAGAUGGCAAGCAAUCCACACAUUACGUGAACAUUACUUACCCCUUAAACACGGACCAUGCAACCAGAGUCGCUUACAUAUUCGUCGGGCCCAACACUAAAGUGCACUCUGUGUGGUUUCACGAAAAGUCAACGGACGAGAUCGCCUACCUCUCUAUCGUUAUAAACAACACUGAGUAUAAAAUAAGCAUAGCUUCACUACUCGUAUCAACCGCAAGACGAAACAGCCUACUUGGUUUUGGCGGCUACCUCACGUUAAGCGAUGGCGACCAUGUUACUCAAUUCGGGUUCGAGGACACAAAAACGAAAGUGGAUCGUUGCGAAGCUGUGGACGACGAAGAAAAGACGGAGAAGUUAGUUCAUAAGCUUAUCUCUUCCAUGUAUCCCAAUCCUGGUGCCGUGGAAGAAGUAGUUCAAAUUGAGAAGCAAGAAUCAAACCCGGAGAAGAACCCGAUAUAUUUAUUCGUUGUCAUCUUGAAUCUGGUUUGCUUCGUCUGCGUAGUUAGUCUGGUGUGCGCGGUACGAAAGAAGACACUGGUCUCGGCAAGUACAAAGUGGUUCUGGAAGUGUCUGUUCUUAAUCACUGUGACAUGGCUAUUUACGUUGUAUCACUUCAUGUGCCACGAAUGUCCACUGAUACGAAAAGCAAGACAAGAGUGUCCAAUCUCUGACCCGGCUGAAUUUCUAUACGCGAGCACCAAACAACCAAUGGUUGUCAUCGCUUCACUUCCUGGUUUCGGCGCCGAAUUUAUGGAACCUAUGUUCGCAAACUCUUCCGAUUUCCUAUACUUCACUACGGACGACGUACCACCUGAAGUAUCAGGAGACGACAGCUCUCGGUAUGAUGCGUGCUACUGGCCUCCUAAUUUCCAGGGUCAUCCGGGUACCGCUGGGUGGUUUGCAAGCACACAUACCGAGCCUCUGCUGUUCCUCAACAAUUUGCAAGAUCCUAACCCGCACAUGAAACAUCUCCAGAAGAAAUUUCGGCAACUAAACAAAUCACCACGAUUUGCCAUUAACUUAUUGUCCGGCUAUUGGAACACUAAGCUCGCUUGGAUCAACAAUCUCAUUGGUCAUGACAUGCGAACGAUCCUUGUGGUACGAGACCCACGUGACUGGAUACACUCACUCAUUCGUGACGACUUGGACUACGUACAACGAAAAAGACAGCAAAAAGUCUUGAGAAAUCUACUUCGAACCCAAUCGUGUGUGGCCCCUAUAAUGCUCCCAUGGGAAUACGUCUAUAUGAAGAAGAAAGGUGGCAAGGGCGGUAGAGCCAGCAUAGUGGAGAAACUUGCUCUUAUCUGGGCAAGAAACAUUGCAGUGAUGAUCCGCACCAGCCGAAGUUUGCAAAUAGUUAGACUGGAAGAUCUUGAAAAGCAUCCAGAUAAAGUGGUCGUGGAAGUGUUUAAACGGAUGGGCUUGACAGUUUCUGUUCCGCAGAUAAAUAGAGUAACCAGAUCGGUACGGACCGGGUACUUUCCUCGUUUAUAUGAAGAUGCAAUUAAAGAGGAUCGUGAGCAAGAGUGGGAAGAUGAAAUGGACGAAGACGAGAUUGAAUUGGUAGAAAAUAUAUGCAGUGAUGUCAUGAAAAAACUCGCGUAUUCCUAAAAUAACAAGUUUUAUAUUCUUGGUACUAAAUUAGCACUUCAACAUGACAACUAAGUAUUUGAGUCAUUAUAGUGUUUUCGUCGGUAUUCUUAUCGUUUAAAUAAUGUUUUCUACUUAUACUUUCUUAAAUUGGUGAACUGAUACGAAUUUUAUUGUUUUCUGCCUAACUUUUCUAUUAAAUAGAGCACAAAAAGGUUGUGUUUUC